AUAUAUCCUUCGAAAUCUCUCAAUUCAAAGAUACGUUCAGAAUUUUUAGUGGUGAUAUUUAAAAGUGAAAAAAUACAAGAAAACAAUGUCGGGACUAAGAAGAUUGGAUGGCAAGAUCGUAAUUAUAACAGGCGGAGCUAGCGGGAUUGGAGCUGAGGCGGCUAGGUUGUUCACGGACCAUGGAGCUAAAGUGGUCAUCGUUGACUUACAAGAAGAGCUUGGCCAAAACGUUGCCGUUUCCAUAGGGCUAGACAAAGCAAGUUUUUACCGUUGCGAUGUAACGAACGAGACAGAAGUCGAGAACGCCGUUAAGUUCACCGUUGAAAAACACGGAAAGCUUGACGUUCUGUAUAACAACGCCGGUAUCUUGGAACAGGCCGGAAGCUUUCUUGAUUUGGAUCUUGAGCGGUUUGAUCAGACGAUCGCGGUCAACGUUCGCGGUGCCGCUGCUUUUAUCAAACACGCGGCUCGUUCCAUGGUGGCUAGUGGUAUUCGUGGUUCCAUUGUGUGUACGACGAGUGUUGCAGCCGAGAUCGGUGGUCCGGGACCUCAUAGUUACACGGCGUCUAAGCACGCACUUCUCGGGCUUAUUAGGUCAGCGUGUGGUGGGUUGGGGCAGUAUGGUAUUAGAGUCAACGGGGUUGCACCGUACGCGGUUGCGACGGGUUUGACUAGCAUCAAUGAGGAAACAGCGAAGAUGGUUGAAGGAUAUUGUGAAGCUACUGGGAAUCUCAAAGGUGUGGCGCUUAAAGCUCGUCAUGUGGCUGAAGCUGCUCUGUUUCUGGCUUCUGAUGAAUCUGUUUAUAUCAGCGGUCAGAAUUUGGCGGUCGAUGGCGGUUUUAGCGUCGUUAAGCUCACCAUGUAGGCUCUCUUUCAUUUUAAUUAUUGAAUACAAUCUACUUAUGAAUAAGUGAUUUCGAUCAUUGUAUGGUUGCUUGUUACGCUCUUGAAUUUAUAUAUGUAUGGUCUCAUUCUUGUGCCUUUUUUUA